UCAGUUAAUAAUUGACCCGAGCAAAAAACCAUGAUAUCCACUGUGCCUUCAAUGUGAAAAUCUGUACCCGUGGAAAUUUAAACCCGUGAGGAGAGGGGACAGUUGGCCACUCCAUUUGUCAGUGAACGCAAUGUACAGAGCCAGCUAGUAGAUGCAGCAGUAGGUCUUCCCAUCCGCUUGCGCCAGGCAUGCAGUCUUGACAGAUCCUGGUGAGACCAGCUCAGCCCGGACCCUCGUGGUCUGUAGUCCCAAAAUCUGCUGAAGGUGCCGGCCAGUGGAGUCAGCAGAUUCGGGGUCGGUGCCUGGCAGUGUGCGGGGGGCUGGCAGACCGAUAGACAACCCACAAUGCAGCAGGAGGGACGAGUGCAGUUUCUCAAGUACCACCUUGGCAGCGUCAGGGGUGUGGCUUUCUGUCCUAAGGACCGCUACUUAUUCUGCUCAGGGGCAUUUGAUGGCAGGGUCAACUUGUACACAGCCCAGAAGUGUAUUCUGCUGCAGAGUUAUUCGGUAACAACCUUCAGCUUAGCCAGGAACAUACACGCUGUGCGCUUCACCAGCGAUGGCAGGAAGAUACUUGCGACGACGACUGCAGGGAAAUUAGCUGUGGUGGAUGUUGAGACUGGCGCUCAACUCCUAACAUAUGAGAGCUGUGCCUUCAACAGGAGAGAUCGCACUGGUCUGGCUGUGGACCCCAAGUGCCCUAAUACUGUCGUCUGCACUUGUGUCAAUGGCAAGGGUUUAGCUGUUUUUGAUUUGAGAAUGUCCAUCCCUCUUCUCUACAUCUAUGAUCUUCAUAGUGACAUUAUCAGAGACGUUACUUUUCUGGGGGACACAUGGCCAUGGUGCUCAGGGGAAACCACCUUUGUCACUGCAUCUGUUGAUGGACAUGGCAAGGUUGUCACGCUGGAUGGGAGAACACUACUUGACAUACCUGCUGGGACAGGCCUGCAUUGUGUGGACCCCACACCAGGGCCGUACAACGCCAUGGCCGAAGAUGGUUUCUCAAGCGUAAUCAUGUUCGGAGGGGGCGAAGUUUGUGCGUACCUGCCAGACGCCGGGGUACAAGAAACUCUCAGAGAGAGUGGGGAUGAUGCAAUAUGGAAACUCAAGUAUACCUCCAACGGAAGUAUGCUGUACACAGCCUGUGAGAACGGGGUAAUAAGAAGAUAUCGACGGUACCCAGACCGACACAAAUACCUCGGGGAAGUGUUCAAGCACAAGGCUGAUGUGCAAGAUAUGGACAUCUCGCCCUAUGACGAAUACUUGGUGACAGCCUCGAAGGACCGGUCUGUGGGGAUCAUCAAGUUGGGUCUGCCGAAUCACGGGUGCACGGAGUACGGUGAAUUCACAUGAUAGCCAUGCCAGGACCUCAGCUAGACUAGCAGAUUGACAGUUCUUUUUUUCUUUUUUAUUUAGAUUAGUUGCCAUGGUAACCUAGUGUUACAAGUUGCCCGGUCACGGAGCCUUUGAAAUUGUGAAAGAAAAGCCAAUGGUGAUGUUGUAGUUACUAGUGAGAGAUCAGAUAAAACCUAAGAAGUCUUGUAAUAUGUUUGUUUGUUUGUUUGUUGGGGUGUUGGUGUGUUUGUUUGUUUGUUUUGUUUGUUUGUCAGGUUGUUUGCUUGUUGUUGUUGUUUUUCCCCAGCCUGAAGUCAGAUUUUUGAACAGAACUGUGCAAAGGCUUGCCCAAAGCAGGACUUGUGUUUGUCAAGUUAAAUUUUCAUAUGCACUUUAUGCCAAUAUAUUGGCUCUGAAGCCUGAAUGAUUUCAUCAAAGAUUGCUUGUGCUUUCUGGUAACCAAAAGCUGAAAGGUUUAAACCAAGGGAGUCACAUUUUGGUGUGCACUGGAAUAUUAUGUUACUUUUUACAGAGAGGGAGGCCUUCAAAAGUUUAUCAGUUUCAGUGCAUAUCAUAGCCAAAAUUUUGUCAUGGCAACAUACGGUCCUAUAUCAUACACCAAACCUGCCAUGCAGACCCAAGAAAUAAGAAGUUGGACUCAUCAAGUGCCUAUAAAUUUUUUCAUCAGUCCAACCCGGUGUGGCUGCAUUAGAGCAAUAUUCAUUUUGGUUACAGUUUGAUUCGGUUGCCUGGGUUACCUAUCCGUUGUGGUCGCCUUUGAAGCAAACAGCAAGUGCAGGGGAACGAGUUUGUGAAGUAAAUUGAUGUUAUUGAGCAUAUGAAAACAACUGCCGCAACUCUUGAUUUGGGAGAGAAGAACGGCCACCAGUUCCAUGAAAUGUAAAUCUACUCAAAUAUUUCCGUUCGUACUUUGUUUUUUGGUGUAUCUCUUGUGGGUCAAACACAAGUUAAUAAAAGUUUGAGUUGAACAUAGUGCUGGCACAAUUCCCUGUUUGGGUGGGAUUGAGGAAAGAAUGAUUCAAACUUUAUACUUCAGGUUAUUUGAGAGAGGUAAAAGAGAAUGUUGAAAUGUGUAGACUUGGAAUGAAAUGUAACAGAUUUGCACAGAACUCAAGUUUGUAAAUAUUAACACUUGUAAUCAAAAGAUGACAUUGAAGAGUUGGCCGUGGAAGGCAACUGAUCAGGCUCUCUGGUAGAUCCACAUGACAUGUCGGUAGAAACGUAAAGGUAGCUCAUACAAAGGAAAUUUCAUGGGGAGGGGGCUAAAAUGAACCUGUUCGGGAUUUUCCUGAAGUAUUACUGCAAAGAGUAUUGGGGGUGGCCGUGAUGGCAUAGUUCCAGCUCAGUUAUCUGUUUCAGUGCAUAUCAUAGCCAAAAUGUUGUCAUGGCAACAUAUGGUCCAAUAUCAUACACCAAACCUGCCAUGCAGACCCAAGAAAUAAGAAGUUCAGCUCAAUAAAUCCCUGUUUCAAAAGUUAUGCACUUCUUGUCAUUUAUGAGAAAGUCAAUUCUGACAAAUCCAUGGUUACAGGAAACGGUAAAGCAAGCUCAACUGCAUUGACCAAUUUGAGAUGGUACAUCAAGUCAUGAAAGUGAAACAUAUUUUGAGACGAGCAAAUUUCUUGGUGCUUGUUUUGCAAUUUCCCACAGCAAGCUUUCUUUGUCAGGGAUUAGUUGGUUUAACAGGAAAUGUUAAAGUAAUCUCGAAGAUUACAUUUUUACUUUAAGUUCUGGAAUAUAAAUCUUAAUUUUCUGUCUAGUUGUUUGAGUCUACAAGAGAGCCUGACCAAGUGAAAUUCGGAGUGGAAGAAACUUUUUUUGGUUUUCCAAGUUUUAUUGAAAUGUAAUCAUAGGCACAUAUUUGUGAUCUCAAAGAGUAAUUUUUUUUUGUAAAUACAAUCGGAACAACAAACAAGAUCUGCAGUAUUUUGUAUUUGAUACACAUUGCCAUUAUAAAAAGCACAACUUUGUUGAAUGAGAUGAAAGGAGUAAAAGUGAUAAAUUUCAGAGGAAAAAGAAGUGUGAAUAUUAAUCCAAAGGUUGGGGAAUGUAGCCUACUGUUGUUAUCAUCAGAACACCGGUAUAAAAAUGUCAACCACUGGCUCGGCAUAUCUGGGAGGGGAGAACACCAUAAAUACAUUUUGAAAUAAAAACACUUAAGUCUGAGUUGAGUUUGCAUUGAUGAAUUCCCAUGUAUGAAAUUUAAGAGGAACCAUCAAAUGUAUAUUUGCAUUCUUAAUAUCAAAUACAGAGUGCAUGUCAACUUGUGAACGGAAAUUUCUUGGUUACUGUGCCAGUUCGCCCUCAGUAUUGGAAGUCUUGAGCAACACCUUUUAUCUGGAACGAUAGCCCCCACCCCACUCCCAAAUGGUGCUCAAGUCAAAAAAACUUCACAAGACGUUUCUAUUACUCUUUUGGAUCAGUUCUCAACAGUCUAAUACACAGAUCGGUGACAUCUUAUUCAGGGAACAUUUCAUGUUUGCCAACAGUACUGUACUGUUUGUCUAACAUCUUCACAUAUCUUUCAGCUGCCUGAACUAUCUUGAGUGCAAUGGCGGCAUUACAGAGCAAUGCAAAUGACUUAAGUGCAUCUUUAAAAUUGAAGAGGAGUUUUUUUUUUUAAUGUUUAGUUGUCUGUUUUGUCUUGGUAUGGAGUUCAUUAUUUGUUAAUGAUACACUAUGCCAAGUUGACUCAUUGUCAUAGCUGUUUUCUUGGGUAUCAACCUGUAAAUGUUUUCAACAGAAGUGUGAGCAUGAUGCAAGAAUGAUGUUGAAAAUCUGUCACUGAAAGCAUUGGCAAGAGUAGAACAACUCAUCAGUCCAGAUGUAACUUGGGAUUUUUUUAGGGUUGAUUAAAUACUCUUAACUCGGAUCAGAAGGACUCGUGCAGAGGGUUAAAUCUAAAAUAUUCUAUCAAAAGCUUUCUUUGGACUGAACAGUCUGCAGUGAGAGAAGCCGACAAAGACUGGAUAUUCA